UUACGUCAUUUAGCGGAACCAAUUCCGCAACCCGUUUAAACUGCCUGAGACGCCUUGGUGUUCGAAGGUCCUGCUGGUCAAUGAAGAAAAACAAGAAGGAAAUUGUCUGACAGUGAAUUUUUCUAGUAUCAAUCGCCUCAUACAAGAUGUACCGAAUUCGGUGUGUUUCUGGUAUCGGGAAAAGGGGUCGCAUAAAUACCCAAAUAACACAUACGCAAACGAGUACGGGAGCGCAAUUCGCAGUUGUAAAACGAUGGACCUCGUCCCUGGACAAACUUUAUCCAAGGCAUGACAACUUUAUUGAAAGACACAUUGGGCCUAAUGAAGUCGAGAAGAAAGCGAUGUUGGAUUUCAUAGGCAUGAAAACCAUCGAUGAGUUGAUUGUCAAGGCUGUGCCAGCCAACAUUUUGAUGGACAGAGAACUGAAUCUAGAUGAGCCAUUAGGUGAGCUGGAGUUGAUCGAGAAACUAGAGAUGAUGGCCAAUAAAAAUGAAGUCUGGCGCAGCUACAUUGGAAUCGGCUAUUACAACACAUAUACCCCUCACACCAUACUGAGAAAUAUUUUUGAAAACCCUGGAUGGACCACCCAGUACACCCCUUACCAGGCAGAGCUGGCCCAGGGGCGACUGGAGAGUCUGCUGAACUAUCAGACAAUGGUGGUAGACAUGACAGGCCUCCCCAUCGCCAACGCCUCACUGCUGGAUGAGGCCACAGCUGCAGCAGAAGCCAUGGGACUUUGCUACAGACACAAUAAGAGAAGGAAGUUUUACAUAGAUAAACACUGUCAUCCUCAGACCAUUGGUGUAGUGGAAACUAGAGCAAGUGCAUUAGGAAUUGAUGUUAUCCGGUUGGAUUGGAAGGAUAUGGAUUUCUCCAACAGGGAUAUCUCCGGAAUUCUGAUUCAGUAUCCGGAUACUGAUGGACACGUCCAUGACUACAUGGAACUGGUGGACAAUGCCCACGCAAACGGAACCCUCGUGACCUGUGCCACUGACCUUUUGGCACUGACCAUGCUGCGUCCCCCGGGGGAGUUUGGAGUAGACAUUGCAGUGGGGUCCAGCCAGCGAUUUGGAAUUCCCAUGGGAUACGGGGGCCCUCAUGCAGGGUUCUUCUCCACUAAAAAUGAGUUUCUCAGACUGCUGCCUGGCAGAAUGAUAGGUGUGACAAGAGAUGCAAACAACAAAGAAGCCCUCAGGUUAGCUCUACAGACGCGCGAGCAGCACAUCAGACGAGACAAGGCCACCAGUAACAUUUGUACCGCCCAGGCAUUACUGGCCAACAUGUCUGCCAUGUAUGCUGUUUAUCAUGGACGAGCAGGGCUGAAGCAUAUAGGCAAACGAGUUCAUAAUGCAACACUCAUCCUUGCUGAAGGAGUGAAAAAGGCUGGUCACACACUGAAAACCAACAUGUUUUUUGAUACCAUCAAAUUCACACCAAGAAAUGGACAGAACGAAAUCAUCCAUCGUGCCAAUAAGCACAGGAUCAACCUCCGAUACUACCUGGAUGGGAGUGUUGGAAUUUCUUUGGAUGAAACAGUUGAAAGAGAAGACCUGAGGGAACUUUUACACAUUGUCGGCUGCCACUCAAGCAUAGAAGCUAUUGCAGAAGAAAUGGGAGCACAUCCUGCCACAAGCAUAGAAGAAACUGGCUUCAGAAGAACGUCUGACUUCCUCUCACAUCCUGUGUUCAACAAGUACCAUUCUGAAACCAACAUAGUGCGUUACAUGAAACACCUGGAGAACAAAGAUCUGUCCCUGGUCCACUCGAUGAUUCCCCUGGGGUCUUGUACCAUGAAGCUCAAUAGUACCACGGAGAUGAUGCCUUGCUCCUGGAAGGAGUUUGCUAACAUUCAUCCCUUUGUUCCUUUGGAGCAGACUCUAGGAUAUAAACAGAUGUUUGAGGAGCUGGAAAGAGAUCUGUGUGAGAUUACAGGAUAUGACAAAAUCUCGUUCCAACCAAACAGUGGUGCUCAAGGAGAGUAUGCCGGUCUAAGAGCCAUCAUGGCCUAUCUCCAUGCGAACGGGGAGGACCAGAGAACAGUGUGCCUUAUUCCAACCUCUGCUCAUGGGACAAAUCCAGCCAGCGCUCAGAUGGCAGGCAUGAAGAUUCAGCCUAUCAAUGUAGAUAAAAAUGGGGCUAUUGAUAUGCGUCAUUUACGUGCAAUGUGUGAGAAGUACAAAGAUACACUGGCAUGUCUGAUGAUCACCUAUCCAUCCACCAACGGGGUCUUUGACAAGGAAGUCAGAGAGAUUUGUGACCUCAUUCAUAGUCAUGGGGGCCAGGUGUAUCUGGAUGGAGCCAACAUGAAUGCUCAGGUGGGAAUCUGUCGGCCUUCAGACUAUGGGUCAGACGUCUCACACUUGAACCUCCACAAGACUUUCUGUAUCCCCCAUGGAGGGGGUGGACCAGGAAUGGGACCCAUCGGAGUGAAGAAACAUCUAGCGCCAUACCUACCCACCCACCCUGUCAUUCCGCCCUAUGGAACCACUGGACCGGAGGCCAAGUCCUUUGGAGUGGUGUCAGCUGCCCCGUUUGGCUCCAGCGCCAUCCUGCCGAUCUCGUGGGGCUACAUUAAGAUGAUGGGAGCCAAGGGUCUGAGACACGCCUCUGAGGUGGCUAUUCUCAAUGCUAACUACAUGAGUAAAAGACUGGAGGGAUAUUAUAAAACACUCUACAAGAAUGAGGAGGGAUGCGUUGCCCAUGAAUUUAUCAUAGACUGCAGAGAAUUCAAGAAAACUGCUGGAAUUGAAGUGAUGGAUAUUGCCAAAAGACUACAAGAUUAUGGUUUCCACUCCCCUACCACCUCUUGGCCAGUGGUGGGAACACUGAUGGUGGAGCCCACAGAGUCCGAGGACAAAGCGGAACUGGACAGAUUCUGUGAUGCUUUAAUUGAAAUCAGACAGGAAAUAAAAGAUAUAGAAGAAGGAAGAUAUGAUUCUAAAAUGAAUCCAAUAAAGAUGGCACCACACACUCAGGCUGAAGUUCUCUCUUCACAUUGGGAUCGACCAUAUUCUAGAGAAGUUGCUGUUUUUCCUGCACCAUUUGUAACAUCCACCACAAAGUUUUGGCCAACAGUGAGUCGGAUAGAUGACAUUUAUGGUGAUCAGAACUUAGUCUGUACAUGCCCUCCCAUGGAAAUGUACUAUGAAUCCCCUUUUGUUGAUGAACUAGCACAACGCAAGGAGAAAGCGAAGACAGCGGCGCAAUAGUGUCAGCAGUUCACUGUGAUUUUGAUUAGGAGUACACUUUUGAUAAAUGCGCACACUUUCUGUUAAAUGUCAAUGAUGCAUAUCUGAAAGACAAUUCGCGCUUCAAAGUAUUUUUCAUAUACAUUGCUAGACAUCUUAGAUUUAUAAGAAAAUAAAAUUGAUGCCUGGGGCAUUUUAGAUGAAAAAAAAUUAGCUCAUUUACCGUAAUAGUGGUUACUGCUGGAUUUAAAAGAAAAGAACAUUACUGUAUUACACACAUGAAAUCCAGUUGAAAUUGUACAUGUGUGAAAGGAAAAGAUGGAAGGAGUAUUUACUUUUCUUUUUGUAUUUGGUAUAAAGUAGUCUUGGUCAUUUUAUAAGGAUUCAAUUUUUCAUGUGCAUGUAUUAUAUUAACCCUAUAUAUUUCCUUUCUUUCUUUAUUGAUUUUUUUUUUUUUGGGAAUCUCCUGUUAGAAAUAUAAUUCUUUACAUUUAUUUACAAGGAUUUUUAAAGAAAAUAAUUUUGUUAAGAUCUUGUAUUUUUGUGUGCCUCAUUAGGUGUUAUAUACAUGUAUUACAUGUACUAUAUAAUAUUAUGAGCAGAUUUUUUUCUGUUCAAUGUUAGCUUGGGGUGACGUUUUGUAUGUACGUACAGGUACUUGUGUACUAGUACUAAUUUGGUAUUUGGUAUUGAAUUGAGCGGUACAAAUAUUUUUUAGUUGUAUCUUACCUGACUAUAUACAUGUAUGAAAGUAAUAUGAAUACCAAAAUAUAGAUUUUGAUAAACGUUAACAUAGAUUGCCAUGCACUGAUCUGGAUGUAUAUGAUGAAUCUCUUGAAAACUAACACCCCCCCCCCCCCCCCUUAUACCAUCCUGAUUUUUCUGCAUUGUUCUGUUAUACUUCAGUGCAUAUUAAUUAGCAUUAGUUACUUUGAAGUUUUGACUUGACUUUUAUUGUCUCCUUUAUAAAAGUGCUAUUUCAAGAGUUUGUUGCCAUUAUUUUUUUUUUCUUUUGAAAGAUAUUAUUUACACCACCCAUGUCUUUCUACAGUAUGAUGAUGCACGAUGUAUUUUCUUUGUAUUAUUUAGCGGUACAUUGUGUUUGGAUCUGUUACUCUUAUCAGUAACCUAGUGGGGUAUUUUGAUUUUAAUAAAUCAUGAUUACAUUUUUAA